GCAUUUCUCUCAAUCAUCUUCUGAAGAAUCUGAUUCCGAUCAAAAAUUGCAGAAGAAGAUGUCUCGCCAAUCGUUUUCUCUACUGAAGAGUCUCGGUAGAAUCGCUUCCGGGUCAAAAACUCAGACCCGAUCCGUGACUUACAUGCCCAGACCCGGCGACGGGAAACCACGACCGGUGACUUUGAUCCCCGGAGACGGAGUCGGUCCUCUGGUGACGAACGCGGUGGAACAAGUGAUGGAUGCGAUGCACGCGCCGGUUUACUUCGAGCCGUUCGUAGUUCACGGAGACAUGAAGAGCUUGCCUGAGGGAUUGCUCGAAUCGAUUAAGAAGAACAAAGUGUGCUUGAAAGGCGGGCUCAAGACUCCCGUCGGUGGUGGUGUGAGCUCGCUCAAUGUUAAUUUGAGGAAAGAGCUUGAUCUCUUUGCGUCUUUGGUCAACUGUUUCAAUUUGCCUGGUUUAGCUUCUCGUCACGAGAACGUUGAUAUCGUUGUGAUCAGAGAGAACACUGAAGGUGAGUAUGCAGGGCUUGAGCACGAAGUUGUUCCUGGUGUCGUUGAGAGCCUUAAGGUGAUCACAAAGUUCUGUUCGGAGCGUAUUGCGAAGUAUGCGUUCGAGUACGCCUACUUGAACAACAGGAAGAAAGUUACAGCAGUGCACAAGGCCAACAUCAUGAAACUAGCUGAUGGUUUGUUCUUGGAAUCUUGUCAAGAAGUUGCUAAAAAGUACCCAAGCAUCGCCUACAACGAAAUCAUUGUCGAUAACUGCUGUAUGCAACUUGUAGCAAGACCAGAGCAAUUCGACGUCAUGGUUACGCCUAAUCUCUAUGGUAAUCUAGUUGCAAACACUGCUGCUGGUAUUGCUGGAGGCACUGGAGUCAUGCCUGGAGGAAAUGUUGGAGCAGAGUAUGCAGUGUUUGAGCAAGGUGCAUCAGCGGGAAAUGUUGGGAAGGACACGACGCAAGAGCAAAAGAAUGCAAACCCUGUCGCGUUGCUGCUUUCAUCAGCUAUGAUGCUUAGACAUCUUCAGUUUCCAUCUUUUGCUGAUAGGCUUGAAACCGCCGUGAAGCGUGUGAUCGCUGAAGGAAAAUGCCGGACUGAAGAUCUUGGUGGAAACAGUACUACACAAGAGGUCGUUGAUGCGGUCAUUGCAAACUUGGAUUGAUUCAUCACUGUUUAUGCUUCCAGAAAAGUGGUAGAAUUCAUUCACACACGCUCGUGUACACUUUGUUUUUCCACAUUCUUUCGAGAUAAACUCGAGUUGAGUUUCGAAAUUUCCACUAAAGAAAAGAAACAAAACAUGGUUCUUGUUUUAUUUGGGAUGUUGCUCUCCCAAGAAGAAAGGAAAGGAGACAUGCUCCUCUGAUCUUUUUGUUGUUCCUAUACUUUUGAAUAAAUGAAAGUUACAUGUAAUUUCUUAUAAAAAAAA